GAGGGAAACCUCCCCUCAAAAACCCACGGGCGCCGCCGCCGCGAGGGGCCGGAGGCGAACACUCGCUCACCUCGGUGCGCAGUAGCUGGCCGAUUCCCGUCUCCUGCUCCGCUCCGGCGAGGUGGAAGCUGCCGCGCGCGGAGGCGCCGCCGACGAUGAGGCGCGCGUGCGCGUCGCGUCUCCACGCGCUCCUCUCCCGCCGCGCGCUCGCCCUCGGCCUCCCCCCUCCGCCGCGGCCUCCCGCGCAGCUUCAGGGGAUCACUGAGCCGGGUGCUGCAUCUCAUCUCGGGGCUGCGUUCCUAGCCCGCGCGCUCUCCUCCGGCCUCCCUGCUGCGCGGCGUCCUUGCGCGCUGCAGAUUCAGCGGAUCACUGAGCCGGGUGCCGCAUCAUCUCGGAUUGGGGCUGCGUUCCUGGCGCGCGCGGGCUUCUCCAGCGAGGCCUCCGCUGCGGCGCAGGACAGCGCGAAGCCUGCCGAGAGGACCGGCGGGGAAGGGAGUGAUGGGAAGUCCGGGAAAUCUGAGCAAGGGGACGCCGGAAAGUCAGUACGAGGAGGGCCGGUAUCGUGGUUGAGCUUUCUCCUGCUUCUCGUGACUGGAGGAGGGAUAAUUGUGUACUACGACAAGGAAAAAAAGCGUCACAUUGAAGAAUUGAAGAAUAGAACAAGUGCUGUCAAGCAAGAACCAUCAGUAGGCACUGCAGCCAUCGGUGGUCCAUUCAAACUUUUGAACCAUGAUGGGAAACCUGUCACAGAAAAGGAUUUCUUGGGCAAGUGGACCCUGCUAUAUUUUGGUUUCACGCACUGCCCUGACAUUUGUCCAGAUGAACUUCAGAAGAUGGCUUUGGCAAUUGAUAAAAUAAAGGAAAAGACAAAAAUGGAAAUUGUGCCCGUUUUCAUCACUGUUGAUCCUGAUAGAGAUACUGUUGAGCAGGUUCGCGACUAUGUUAAUGAGUUUCAUCCAGAUCUAAUAGGACUAACUGGCACAGCUGAUGAGAUAAAAAAGGUUGCUCGUGCUUAUCGAGUUUACUAUAUGAAGACAGAGGAGGAGGGUUCUGAUUAUCUCGUUGAUCACUCAAUUGUCAUGUACUUGAUGAAUCCAAAGAUGGAGUUUGUGAAAUUUUAUGGUAAAAAUUACGAUGCUGAUUCUCUUGCUGAUGGCAUCAUCAAAGAAAUUAAAGGGCGCCAAUAAAGAUAGCUGACACACAUUAAUCUGGCAAAGUAGUUUCUGAAUCUCUCCAAAAGAUUUUAUCCAUGUACACAGUUGUAAACAUGGUGGGGCUCAAGGUCACCCCGUAGCUAUGGUUUCUGAUUUGAUCAUUCAUAGAAGAUUAGGAUAUUCAAAAUUUUUGAAGCAUUCUAUCUCACCAGUUUUGUUUUUGUUGAAGUUGAGCUUUGAGGCAGAACUUUGAUACAAUUCAUAAAUAAUACAGUAUCAGAACU